GGCUGAGGUUCCAGUGCUUGGCGAAAAGUUGGGGACCCCGAGGGUGGGCAUUGUCCCCUGCGCCAGGUUGUUGAUCUAGGAGCCCGGUGGAGAGUCCAGCGCCUCUCUCAGGGAUGGAUCCACUCAGGGCUCAGCAGCUUGCUGCAGAGCUGGAGGUAGAGAUGAUGGCUGAUAUGUACAACAGAAUGACCAGUGCCUGCCACCGGAAGUGCGUGCCUCCCCACUACAAGGAAGCAGAACUGUCCAAGGGCGAGUCUGUUUGCUUGGACCGGUGUGUCUCCAAGUACCUGGACAUCCAUGAGCGGAUGGGCAAAAAGUUGACAGAGUUGUCUAUGCAGGAUGAAGAGCUGAUGAAGCGGGUACAGCAGAGCUCGGGGCCUGCGUGAGACCCAGACAGCAUCUUCCUUGGUGCGCCCCUGCCCCUCCUCGUCUAAUAAAAGUGCCCCCUUUGGAUGUCAUCUGUUGA